AUGAUCCGCGGCGUGCGCUGCAGGGACACCAGCCGCCAACAUGGCGAGAAUGUGACACAUGGCGACCGAAUGGGAGCAGAAUUACGACGCAUGGAAGUAGCAGCUAGAGGUGCUGGAAGUAUAAUCGAGGCUGGAACUAAAACUUCUGAGGAUUGGCAGGAGAGUGGUGAUGAGCGAACUGAGAACGUUGCUCUGACCGUGUACUGGUUGGGUACGGUUGCCAGAGAGACAGAGACCUUCAAUCGACCUCAGUUGGACGUCAGUGCAUUUGUCAACCUGCUAAAGUACAAGCCACACACUGUCACAGAAAUACUACCGGAGAGGGAGACGAAGAAGGGAGGAGAGAAGAGGGGGAGGAGUCCGUCUGCUCAGCGCGACAGCUCGUACGAAUCCGCGUCGGACAAGCAGGAGGAUGACCUGAGUCCCGUCAGGAUGCCCGGAAAGCACCACCCGAGCGCGGAGCUCGAAGCCACCCAGGGGGACGAGACGUGUUUCUCCACUAACGGUCUGUAUCUCGGUUGCACACGGACGACGUGCGCAGCAGAGGCAGCCUGCCCUCCCCCGGCAGCGAGCGUGGCCGGAGGAAUGGAGGAGGAGCGAGUGUGGUCCAUGCGGGUGUGGGUCUGUGGCGAUGUACGUGCUGGUCCGAUGCGGUGGGGCUGUACCGGUGUGGUCAUGGCAGGCUGGCUGUAG